CGACGAUGGAAGAAACUCAGGUCCCACAAAACGACGUCGCUUCUUAUUUUUUGUCUGUUUGUUUCUCCCAGAGCUGAGCUUCACAGUCCUUCAAUGGCGAAUCCCAAAUCUCACCUCUUCUCUCUCUCCUUCUUACUUCUUCUUCUUCUUCACUUCUCCACCGUCUCCUACGCUCAGACUCUCUUCAUCUUCGGAGAUGGUCUUUACGACGCCGGCAACAAACAGUUCGUCUCUUCGAAUCGUGUCGACGCUAGCUUUCCUCCGUAUGGAAUUACACUAGGAGAGGCUACUGGACGGUGGUCCGAUGGCCGUAUUGUUCCCGACUAUCUCGCUAGUUUCAUGGGUAUUCCUCAAAUCCCUCCGAUUCUCCGAGCCACGGCGGAUUUCUCUCACGGAGCUAACUUCGCCAUCGCCGACGCAACCGUUCUCGGCUCUCCUCCGGAAUCGAUGACUCUGUCACAGCAAGUGAAGAAGUUCUCGGAAAACAAGAACAAAUGGACAGUUCAAGCACGUUCUGAAGCUAUCUAUUUGUUCUACAUCGGCUCUGAUGAUUACUUGAACUAUGCCAAGAACCAUCCUAAUCCUUCCGAAGAUCAGAAACAAGCUUUUGUGGAUCAAGUCAUCUCUGCCAUAGAAACAGAACUAAAGGUGAUUUACGGGUCUGGAGGUAGGAAAUUCGCGUUCCAGAACUUGGCACCAUUAGGUUGCUUACCAGCAGUGAAACAAGCAAACGGAAAUGUUCAAGAAUGCGUGAAACUGCCUUCGGAAAUGGCGUCUUUGCAUAACAAGAAGCUGUUGCAGCUCUUGGUCGAACUCUCACGAAAACUCAGUGGUUUCCAAUACUCGUUUUACGACUUCUUCAGCUCGAUCCAAAACAGAGUUAUCAAGUCCAAGACUUACACAUUCGAGACUGGACUCGCUGCUUGUUGUGGAACUGGCUCUGUCAAUGGAAGCGAUUGCUCGACCAACAAUGUUUGCGCUAAGCCUGAAGAUUAUCUCUUCUUCGACGGUAAGCAUUUGACGCAAGAAGGAAACCUUCAAGUUGGGCAUUUGAUAUGGGGAUCAGAUCCGGAAGUGAUUGGACCGAACAAUCUCAGGGAGCUUCUUGUUCUUCCUCUGGACGUUACAGUCAUCUUAGCUGAUAUACAGGAAGCUAUGGCUGCCGUGAGACCGAGGCAGAUCAAAAUUGAGAGUCUGUAUGAUAUCAAGAUGGAAUCGGAGAUGCAGAAUCAAUGGCUUUAUCAAGUUGACGAAGCUAGCUCCUUCCUGAUCUAAGAUCGUAGUAAUUACAAUAUGAUCGAAGCAAGAGAGUAUGCGUGGUUGCUGUAAUAAUAACCAGACAAGACAAGACAUAUUUUUAUUUGGUUUGGUAAUAAAAACAAGUGGAACCGGCCUUGUUCAGCGUGAAAUCUUUACCGGACAAUUUCACUAGGCCCAAAAUAAGCCCCACUGGGGCCCUUUCGAUCUCA